GGGGUACUUCGGCACUUCUAGUUAUCAAAAACUGGAAUCGAAGAGAGACCACCUUGAGCCUCCCAGAACUUUUCCUUCCCGCAAGAAAAUUUCCAAACCAGAAUUUCCUGAUGAAAUUUCUGAACCAAUCCCCUGUGUGUGAUCCCUAAAUUACCCUACAGACUAUGCACUCCUGUGGCAGGGGCUUUCUCAUGUGUCCAUAUAAAGGCUAACUUAACAGGGAUCCAUAUUCCAACUAGACAUGCCAUUUUCUAAGAACAUUGUGAAACAAGAAAAAUUCGCCUUUUCUCUCUGAAACAGAUGCCCAGUUGUGCUUCUAGCAAAGCGAGGGGCAGCUCUGGCACCGACUUCGCAGGUGUCAUGGUCCAGCAAGCGACAAAGAAGAGUCACCGGCAGCCGUUUGGGGCAAGUCUGCCCCAGUGAGUAGCUCUGGCGAGGCGGGAGAGUCCCAGGGCGGCGGGGAAACUCCCCCUCCGCGAUAGGGAUCGGUUUGAUUGCUGCACUGGAUCUUUAACUGUGGUCCCCUCUACAUUGCAACACUGAAAACAAUGGCAACAGAAUAUAUGAAAACGUGCUGUAAAUGGUGUUUCUGCAUGGAAAACGAAAAAAAUGAUCUUUCCAUGGUGCAGGAAUUUGAAGCAGGAGCUGCAAGCAAGCCAACUAUUGUAGAGAAGCCUCCAUUGUCUUCUGUGUCAGUGAAGCGUCAAGUUGGCUGUUCAGAGGAUUAUUUGCUUUCUAAACUGCCCCUGGAUGGUCAGGAGGUACCAUUUGUGGUCCCUCCAUUCAAACUGGCGUAUGUACAGCCAAAGAACCUUCCUGGUGUCUCACAUGCUGGAGGGAUUAAAGAAUCUGCCAGGGCCUCAUUUGGUGACCGGAAAGCAGAGCUACACGGCGUGUACCAGUGGCCCCGCUAUGACGUGUACAACCCCUUCUAUUUGGAGCACCGGGUUUCGCCAGAUCUGAUUAGGCGCUCCCAAGCAAAAUCAGAUAACAGGAAAUUAUAUGGAUCAGUUAGUGAUUUAAGAUCUAGUACUUUGCCUGGAUCACUUGAUGUCAGUCGUUCAAUGUUUGAUCUCAGAAGCCCGCCUCAUCGAUCCAUGAAGAGAUAUGAUUCAGUCUCCAGUGUACCCAGCAGUACUUCUUCCAGGAAGGACUCACAAGGCAGUAACAGGAGUCUGGAUACUAUUACAUUAUCAGCUGAUGAACGAGACUUUGGAAGACUGAAUGUGAAGUUGUGUUAUGUUUCUUCUGUAGAACAGAUUUGGAUCACAGUUUUACAUUGCAAAGACCUGUGCUGGCCUUCUAGCUGUGGUGAGAAUCCUCGUAUUUGCGUCAAGGGAAUUCUCACACUGCCCAAACCAGUGCAUUUCAAAUCUUCUGCCAAGGAGGGCUCCAGUGAUAUUGAAUUUAUGGAAACUUUUGUAUUUGCUAUUAAACUGCAAAGCCUGCAGGCUGUCAGAUUGGUAUUUAAAAUCCAGACACAGACUCCCAGGAAAAAAACAAUUGGAGAAUGUUCCUUGGCACUGCAGGAGCUGAGCUCGCAGGAAUCAAGUCAUUGGCUGGAUAUAUCUCCUCCUUCCAGAGCACCUGUGCGCCGUGCAGAACUUCAAAUAGGAACUUGUUUUCAAGCAAUAAACAGGAGGAUACAGUUACAGAUUCUUGAAGCACAAAACCUUCCUGUUUCAUCUACACCACUGUCCUCAAAUUUCUUUGUGAAAGUUGGAAUGUUUAGUACAGAAGGGAUGAUCUAUAAGAAGAAGACUCGUCUUCUGAAGUCCACUAAUGGCCAAGUGAAGUGGGGAGAAAUGAUGGUUUUUCCAGUUAGCCAAGCAGAACAAGGAAUUAGCUUUCUCAUCAAGCUCUACAGCAGAAGCUCAGUGAGAAGAAAACACUUCCUAGGACAGAUCUGGUUAAGUCCUGAUAGCAAUAACAGUGAAGCAGUAGAGCAGUGGAAAGAUACCAUUGCCAACCCUGAAAAAGUUGUUGUUAAAUGGUACAGCAUUGGUCCAUCUUGAAGACUGGAGAUGAAAUUCAGAACUGAUUUUUCUACAACAAUUCCUAUGCUGUCUAAAAUAGUAUAAAUAAAAAGAAAAAUAUUGUCUACACAAGUUCAGUUCUUCACUGCAUCCUGCCUCUGUGGAAACUGAGGAAAUUCACCAAGAGAAAUACCGGCUAAAUAUUAUUAAGAAGAAGACUUUAGGAACUGGGAAAAGUGUUCAUUUGAUUUCAAAAAAUCCACCUUGAAAAAAAGAUUUUUGCCCCUUUCAGGCUUCAUAAAAACACAGAAAUUCAAUCUUUGAGAGAAACAGCUUGAAUCAACUCUAUUUCGCGUUACUGACAUCAUCUUCAUCUGCAGUCUUGUUUUUGGCAGACUCCAAAGUCCAUGGGUAUCAGUUGGGUCAGUGGCUUGACCCUGGGUACCUGUGAGCCUCUGGGGUUGUUGACACCAUUUGAUCAGAGUAACACGUGCUUGAGCAAGUGGGAAAGCUGUGGCAGUAGAUGAAGGCAUUUUUGAUGAAGGGUUGUUCAGUACCUGACAUGCCUGGAGCCUGAGUUUGCCCCCAUCCUUCUCUCGAAACAGAGAGAUGGAAAGACAAGAGUUUCUUUGACUUAGUGAUCUUUGCAAGAGGGCCCCUCCAGACUUGCUCUGUUUGGGUAAAUUCUGUUUGGAAUAAUGCAGAGGCAAUGACCCUGCUUAGGAACAGAGCCAGUAUUUUUAGAUAAAUUACUUUCUUAUAUAGAGUACUUAUAUGUAAACCACUUCCUAUCUAAUCAACAAGGCUCUAGCGUUUGCUUACAUUGCCAAAACCCAGACUAACAUGUACAAAGGAGCAAAGAUUUACUUACAUAAGUGCUUUUUGAUAUUAAUUAAAAUGUAGCAUUGUAAGGGACUUUGUUUAAAGGAUAGGCUACUACUGCAGAAGUAUUUGUUAUAUGUCUACAAUGCUGAAAAGUUAUGUGUGGGAAUAUAUUUUUAUUACUUGUUUCUAGUAAGAAGAAAUUACCAUAUUUUUAUUGCAAAUUAUAUUUUUCCUACAAAAUUCCAAAAUUUUUUUUUCUGUUAGUUCCCAUAUUUUCAGGGGGUUGUUCACAGUUAUUUUUAAGAGGGGGAAACACCAUGUAUAUAAUUGAUAAUAUAUAAAUCUAAAAGCACAGACCUCUUUGCACUACUUUUAACUAUCAGAUUGGAAAAAUACCUAUAUAUUCCAUUAAAUCCACUGCUUACACAUUUACUGUUGGCUGUGUGGACUGUACAAAUAUGUGUAUUUUUAAGGAUGCUGAAUAAUUCCACCUGUCUUCGUAACUUGGAUCCGGUUGCAACAUCUGACAGGAACUAGCACAGCAAUGAGAGCGCUCACUGCUGGAAGGCAAAGGAACACGGGGAGCAGAGAAAAGACUGUAACAGGAAAGCAUGUCCUCUUGAGCAUCUUUAUUUCAAUUUUUUUAUCUUUGAGUAAGUGUUCGAGAAAAAAUGGAAUCUCUUUGAUUUCCCACCCCCAAAUCAGUUGAAAAUUGAAACUUUUGAAACUUCAACCAUCCAGAUUUUGGCUGUUGAAAUUUAAUAUUUUGAAAACAAAAGGAUUUUCCCAGGCUCUUAUAUGCUCUGCUUUUUGACCAGUCUUUAUAAAAGAACUGAAAAAGGUUUUGCAUGUUACUUGGAGAACAAACGUCGGUUCUAGCUCUUACUGACGCUCUUUGCAAAGCUCCCAGUAGGCCCAGAGGAUCUUGACUGACAGUGUUAACUUCCAGCCAAGUUACACUUCUUGGGAGGACCCUGUCCUGUUGGGUAAAAUGAAAAAAGGAACUGGACCGAACUGAUACUUUUGGAUUAUCUUUACUUGAAUACAUGGAUCUUUUUUAUUCAUUGUGGCAGUAAACAAAAGUGCAAACUAACUGUUUCCUUAUGCAGAAUGCUGUUCUGUUUAAAAGAGAGAACAGGGAAUAUCCCAGGGUUUUAUAGACUUCCAUUACCACAGCAGUGGUUCUACAGAGAUUGCCAACUCAGUGGAUAUGUGUAAAUGGACUUUUGGGGCUGCUUUAGGACACCUAGCCUUCUAAAGGCCUAACUAGUCUCUUUAUUCCUACAUUAAUAUUUAAUCUAUGUGUUUAUAAUAAAAGAUAUGAACAGAAAAUAUUCCUUUUUUUUCCCAGUUGUUUAUUCAAAUGUUUACCAGCAUCUCAAACUGAAGUCCUACUUUUUUUCUCUGAGAAAAUCUCAGCUAAUGAACUCUCUUUCAUGUAGUGUUGCCUGUAGGAGAGUUAACUGCUGCCACAUAAGCAAGAUGCACCCAGGUACUGGAGCACUCUGGGGCACUGCUUCCUCCUGUGCUCAUCCCCAGGCUGUGGGGUUUUCUGCAUUUGUGUGCAUUCAUGUAAGAAUUUAAGGAGUUCUUAAUAGUUGACUGUUGUCAACAGUUGUGCUUUUUUUCCUGUCACAUAAAGCAUUUUUCCAUGGUGAUUCAUUUGGGUCUAGAGCUUAUCAGUAUGGUUGUUACCUUAGACAACAGUCCUGAAGAAAAAACAUAAGACCAGGGGAUACACGCGUGUUCCCAGCACCAGUCCCAGGGUACAACUGCCUGUAAAAUGGGCUGUUCCAGCAGGUGUUAUUUCAAUUUGACUGUCUGAAAUGCCAGCUAGAAAUCACCUGGGAUGUCUUGCCUUUUAAGUGCAGAAUGUUUUGCUUUACUGCUUAGUGACUGCCUCACUAUAAAUGCAUGUGAGACUUAAGCUCCUUCAAAUUCAGCUCCUGGCUUAUUUGAGACUAAUGCAGUUUUCCAGAAAAGGAAAAUGAUGCAUCAUUUGAAGACCAAUCCACGAUAUAAAUCACCAAGGAACUUCAUGUACUCCAGGAUACCAGCAAGAAGAAGGAAAAAGAGGUGUCUCGGAGCACUCUUCUAAUGGUCACAGCUGUAUGUUGUCCCUCUGAUGCAUGUUCAGCCACUGUUUUGAUUGUUACAUCCAAGUUUACUUUCAUUGAAAAUACUGUUAAGAAAGCUGUUUUGUCAGUUCACUUAAUUUGUAGAUAUAAGGCACACAUGGUUUAUAGUUGAAUUUGCUGUUGGUUCUAGUUAGUGACUCAGCUUCCUAACUUACAACAAUUCUGAUGAAAGCAGCAGAGGUCAGAAGCUGCACCAGUUUUAUUUCGGUCAUCUCCCAAAUGAAUAUGGAUGAACUGGAAGAACAGUUAUGAUCUUAUAUUAGAUGUUAUUCAUACAGAGGUCUGUGCUUGCAUAGUUAGAAACCAACCAUAGACUAAACUUAAUAAGAUUUUCCAAAAUGUGUGUAUAUAAUUUCACUGGUUAAUCAAACAAUCCUGUUUUAUUUAUUUAUGACUAAUAGCAUUCUGUAUGUAAACAAGGUCAACAAAGUUUUUCAAGUUUUUUACAUCUCAACAGCAUGGCAUGGCAUUCCUUUUAAGGAAAAAAUUGUAAGAUUCUACCUCAGAAGAUGAGUGGGUGUAACAGCUUGUAAACCAUAUCAUCAUAAAAUAUUACUUGGAAAAUAAUUGUAUUUGAGCAUCCGAUCUUUUGUGAUCACAACAUAAAUAGUGCCAUAUUGCUAAAUCCAUUAGGCAUCCCUGGUUUUUCCUUUUGUUGGCAGGACAUUUUUAUAAAACAAAAGGUAUUUUUGUAAGCAUUCAAUUAAGCACAUAUGGUGUUUGACUUGAAAACUGUCUGCCUGAUGGAGGUUCCUUUUAGACUUAUGAGUUGAUUUUGCAGCCAAAACACAAGGUUGUCUAGAAAUCUGGGGCAGGGUUGUCCCAGUUCUUACUUUCAUCCUGCCAACAUACGUAUGACAUGGGAGGGAGGCUGCAUAGUUGUGGAAAGCUUGGCAUAAAUCAUACUGGAUGUGAUAUACCCUCCUUGUUUUUCCAGCUUCUGCUGCGAAAUUACAUCACCAUGUAAAUACAGCCCUGUACAUGAUCUCAUGCUUGGUGCAUGGAAAAAGCCAUCACUAAAAUCAGCACCAUGUUUCACAAACACUGCUCCAGCACAUGUACAUUCUUUUCUCUAGCUUGCACUGAGGAACAGGCCAUUGUCUUUCAGUCUAUGGCAAAACUCCCACUGCAUUCAGCAGAAGCAACCAGUCUUCAAAGCUGGUUUAGUUAUUUCAGCAUUGAGAUAGUGUGAUUUAUCUAAAAGAUUACAAGCGGCUUAAAUUUUUUAUAUAUUUUUAAAAUAGUUAAAAAUCUCUUCACAGUGAUUUUUCUGUAGAAACUGAAUUUCAUUGAGAGUGGAUCUGCAUCUCUUAACAUAAUACAAUUCUUCCCAUAGAUUUCAGUCUUUGAAAUAAAUCCACUGUGUUGAUUAUUUUCCC